CGUAACGUCAUCUUAUAACUUCUCACUUGUCAAUUGUCAUUUUUCUUUCUUAUUUCUACCUCAAAGAGAAUUAUAAUAUAUAUAUGGAAAUUCUACCUUGAUUUCUAUGACCUCGUCUCGUCUCGUCCUAGUCUUUUCCACGUGUUAUAUUAAAAUUGAUUUAAAUAAAUAAGUACUUAACGAGCCUUUACCAAAUUACAAUCAUUAGGUUAUUGUUAAGAUGUGGAGCGACUCCUUACUUAUUGUUUUCAUAUCCGUUUGCACAGCGUUCCUAGGUGAAGGUUUAACAUGGAUAUUAGUGUACAGGACGGAGAAAUAUCAAAAAUUGAAAGUAGAAGUAGAACGACAGAGUAAAAAGUUGGAAAAGCGGAAGGAAGCCCACGGAGAUUCUUUAGAUAAACAACACAAAAAGAAGAUUGAACGUGAAGAAGAGCGACUUAAGAAUAAUAAUAGAGACCUUUCCUUAGUUAAGAUGAAAUCCAUGUUUGCUAUUGGCUUUGCAUUUACAGCCCUCUUGAGCAUGUUUAACAGUAUAUUUGAUGGAAGAGUUGUAGCUAAACUUCCAUUUUAUCCAAUUUCUUGGAUUCAAGGUUUGAGUCACAGAAAUUUGCCGGGUGAUGAUUACACAGACUGCUCAUUCAUUUUCUUAUACAUCUUGUGUACUAUGAGCAUAAGACAAAAUAUUCAGAAGCUCUUAGGAUUUGCUCCGUCUCGUGCAGCAUCCAAACAAGGAGGUGCUUUAUUUGCAGCCCCACCAGCCCAGUUUAAAUAGAAACACUUAGAAUUCAUUUGUAUAAAUAAAAAAAACUUUUAAAUAUAUCUUAAUUUAUUGAGAA